AAACCCAGCAAGAAAAUGGCAAAAGUAUUGUUGUUCGUUGCACUAUGUCUGCUUCCAGCUUUGGUGAGUGCUAGUCGAAUGGUGAAGGACCCACUUCUGGUUCAAGGGCAUGUGUACUGUGACCGUUGCCGUGCUGGUUUUGAAACCCCCAAUAGUCGAUUCGUACCUGAUGCCAAGGUUAAGGUGAUAUGCCACGACAGGAAAACCAACCAAGUUGUCUACGAGAGGGAAGGAUACACCGAUAAAGCCGGAAAAUACGAGAUUCCUGUGCAUGAGGAUCACUGGGAUCUGAUCUGUGAUGCAGUUCUAGUGAAGAGCUCACAGCCUGACUGUGCCACAGUGACCCCAGGUCGUGAACGCGCCACUGUGAUCUUGACCAACAACAACGGUGUUGCAUCCACCACCCGCUAUGCCAAUGCCAUGGGCUUCAUGGCUGAUGAGCCUGAAGCUGGCUGUGCUGAGAUCAUGAAGAUGUACCAGGAAGAUGAGGAAGAUGUACCAGGAAGAUGAGGAAGAUGUUUAGACUAUGGUUUGGAGUUCUAUAUUUGCCUAUGAUAUAUGUUGUCUGAUAUUUGUUAUGUGUAUUUCUUGGUUUAUUUCUACAUUUAGGGGGGGCUUAAAAUAGCUUAUU